CAUCCCACUAAUAUCGCAACGAUAGAUAGAUAUUUGAUACCGUUAUGGCCACCACAAAGCAAUUAAAUCCCUGAAAUCCCCAAAUCCCAGAGGGUAUCUCGAUGGGUCGGACAGCUUCAGACCGAGAAAUGCCCGAUCAAGAUGCAAUCACUCUCAAGCGACUGCUAGCCAGCUUGGAGCAGACCAUCCUUGACCCCGAUACGCCAUUGCGAUCGAACAAGUUCCAGCGAAAUAAAACAACUGCAAACUUGGACUAUGCACGGAGUCUGCUGCGGAACCUGGAACAGUCCUCGCCGUCGAAGCCAGGCGCUCGUCAUGCCAACCAAGCAACCCUACGAGCUCAACGCGAACUGAUCAAACGCCUUGCGCAGAGAUUAAAAGAGCUGGAGUCACAGGACACGUCCUGGGAUGACGAUGAUGCCGUCGACUCGGAACCAGAGCAGGAGCAGGCAGCCCCCACCGUGCCGCCCGACACAUCCGACUCCAACCUCCGUUCACGAAAGCCGGGACAACAGGACCCGGAAGGCACAUCUACGUCUAACGCACUUUUCGAGGGACGAUCCGGGCCAUCGAAUCUCGGCACUUCGGGCUCAGCAGACGCCGACGCAUCGAAAGACCAGGUUCUCACCCACCAUCGCUCCCUGCAAUCCGACCUGACCGAAUCGCUGCUCUCCACGGCGCAAGCCCUCCGCACGCAGGCGUCGUCGCUGGCAGUGACGAUUUCAGAGGAUAAAGGGACGGUGGAUCUGGCGGGGCAGGCGAUGGACAAGAGUACCAGUGGGCUCGAGAAGCAGAUGGGGUUGGUGAAGAGGCUCAGUGAAGAGCAGGGUCUAUGGGGAAGGCUGAUGCUGUAUUUGUGGAUAGGAGGGCUAUGGGUGGCCCUUUUGGUUGUGGUGUUUGUCUUGCCGAAGAUCCGGAUUUAGGGCAAAACGGGUGGGCAUGGAAUUCGGUAUGCAUAUGCGGCGUUCAUUGGGAGAUAUUGUAUUUGAAAUGAUACCCCCGUGCAACAGAUGUAAUCUCGCCAUAGUCUAUCGAGGAUUUUGAAGGACGGCGGCGUCAUAGAAGUUAUGUUAGCGUUC